CGGGCGUACAGUGGAGGAGUUGGGACGCACCAGGCACGACGCCAGCCGCAACCAGGCCGGUCGGACCGGUCGCGGACCCAGUCGGACCCAGUCGGACCGGCGAGGAUGGGCACAGCGGGCGUCGUCGUCGCGGAGGAGCAGGGGGAUUCGCUGCGGGAGCUGGUCGCCGACGAGGAGGUCGAGUGCCUGCUGGAGGCCCUCCGCAAGGACUUCCCCCACUCUGUUCACAUCCACAACCGCAUCGCGACGCAGCUCCGCUGGCGACGGCAGGGCGACGACCAGGAUGUGUCCAUUUACCGCGCCGCCGACGAGGGCGACCGCACCGAGGGCCCCGCGACCGCCGUGAGCGUCUGGCGCGUGGCCGGGAUGACGGAGGUCUCGGUGGCGCUCCACUCGACGGACCCGACGCUGUCCGCGCUGCGCCGCGCGCUCCGCCACUCGCGCCACGUCCCCUGGCACCUCCCCGUCAACUUCGAGAGCGUGCACGAGCGCUGCCUGCCCGAGCUGAUGGCCGCGGCGCGGCAGCACGGAGACCCGGCGCCGAGGCUCAACGCCACCCACAAGAUGUUCAUGACCAGGGAGGCGGCCCUCAAGCUCGACGUGAGCGCCGUCCCCGGCCUGGUCCUGCGGCCGCUCGAGCCCCGCCACGCCAAGGCCGUGGACGACGGCUGGGCGUACGCCUGCCCCGGGUCCGAGGGGAUGUUCGCCGCCGUCCUGGCGAGGAACCCGGGCCUGUCCUGGGGCCUGUUCCGCGAGGAGGACGCCGCAGUCGAGGACGCCGCCGCGGGUGAGCGAGGGUCAGGCGACCGUGAGCCCGUGGCUCUGAUCCUCGGCACGUGGUACGGCGGGCUCGGCAUCCUCUACACGGCGGCCUCCCACCGGCGCCGCGGCCUCGGCGAGCUGGUGACCCGGGCCGCGAGCCGCGCCCUGGCGCAGCGCGGCCUCGACGUCCACUGCAACAUCGUGUACCCCAACCCGGCGUCGGCGGCCACCCUGGCCAAGGUGGGCUUCGAGCGCGUGUGCGACUGCACCUGGCUGCACUACAAGCCGCCGCCCUCCUCGCCGCCACCGUCGCGGUAGGCACCGAAAAGCCAACCCGAAGUACGCCGCCGAUAUCCAGACGAGCCUCAAGGCCAAGGACGGACACGAGAGUGAACCACCAAAAGCGGCUUUUCGAAUAGAUCGGGGUGCGAACGCCACUGUUAUCGCCAAGUUGUUUGGGCCAACACUCACCUGUGUGGGAGAGCCGAGUAGACAGGGUGGCGAGGCGCCGCCGCGUCGUCCCUAAACAAAGCAGACCAGGAGAUGAGCGACAGUCUUGCAGAGGUUAGGUUGCGCGUCGUAAGACUCCAAACAGUUUUGAACGGGCCAGUGCAUCUAGCACGCUGGUAUCACCUUUAUCAAGGUUUAUUUCAACAGUCAUUUGUCCCUGAGUUUAGAAAAGAUUUUGGUAAAGCAGAAAAGAAGAAGAAUGAAGGGAACAACAAAACUGAAAUCACUAUGCUUGAAAGUGGUGACUUCCAUUUACUUGUUCCCCGCACUCUUCUGCAUUUCAGCUUUACUGGAAUACUUUAUUAAUAUGUCCGCACACUAACCUAGACAACUAAACAGGGACAGUUUUGAAGAUUGAGUGAACUUACUUUUCCAAAGCCAAAAUUUGAAGACCCAAUUUUUCAUACAAUAUUGCUCUUUCAAUGAGGUAUUUUAUUGGUAUAAAGAAGAUCAGGAAGAACAAGCCAGAACAUAACAAGCCUUCAAUUGUUCCUUUGAAGUUGUCUGCUAAAACAAUUGCAAAGCAGUCUAUUUCUGAAAAACAGUUGAAGGCUUGUUAUGUUCUGGCUUGUUCUUCCUGAUCUUCUUUAUACCAAUAAAAUACCUCAUAUAAUCUAGAUCCACUUCUUUACAAAUGCUACCAAAAGCCUAUGACCCCACAUCCACUCCCGGCUAAACACAGUACGGUCGCCUGCGCCUGCGCGUUCUGCUUCUGCUUUGUUUAGGGACGGUGCUGGUCUUUAGCAAUUUUUUUCUGUCUUUGAUUUUUUUAUGUUGGAUACCUUUGAAAGAAACCCAACUGUGACGGUGAGUACUUUAUUUCUAAAAGAUACAAUUACACAGGCACGUUUGGAAAUAUCUGAUUGGUUAACACGUUGAAUGACUUAUGCUAAUAACUAUAAACUGUAAAAUAUAUAAUUGUAUCCUUAACAUAUAACACAUUAGUUAUGAAAUUAUGAACAUGAAAAAAAUUGUGAUAAAAUGAUCCCCAUUUUCCCCUUAGUUUGUAAAUAUUGUACAACUUAUGCUAAUCUCUUUUCAUAAUGAACACAAUUCAUGGCAACAAACUUUGUCACACCAAACGGCAACAUGUACCUUUAUGAAACAGUCGUUGGGGUACCUUACUUCACAAAUUGGUGUACAAAAACUAAAAAAGAAACAAUUAAAAAUAAAUAAUAAAAUUGCCCUGGAAAAUUGA